GUUUUUGUUCAGUCUGGUUUUUUUUUUCCUGCUGGAGAGCCAUGAUGAAGGUCACGCUGGUGAGCAUCACCCUGACCGUCGUGUUCCUGAUGGAGGUCCACGCUGAUGUCCAGCCACAGAAGAACUUCGACCUGAAGAGGUUCGCAGGUCGGUGGUACCGCGUGGGUCUGGCGUACAACUCGCCCAGCUUCACUCGGCACAGAAACAAGCUGAAGAUCUGUACGGGCGUGGUGGAACCCAAGGAGAACGGCGACGCCCUGAUGACCGUGUGGCAAAUGAAGUCCUCCGUCUGCCAGAAAAAAGUCUACAAAUAUGAGAAGACGUCUGUACCGGGCGUCUUCACGUACUUCAGCACACGACACGGCCUGGUGAAGGACAUCACUGUGGUGGAAACCAACUAUAGCGAGUUUGCUGUGAUUUAUAAACACAGGAAGUUUAACAGGAAAUUCUCUCAGGUGUCUCUGUACGGUCGGAGUCAGAAGCUGAGACCAGAAGUGAUUGAGAAGUUUAAAAAAUAUGCCAUGCAGCACGGCUUCCCUGAAGAGUCCAUUAUAAUUCCUCCACCAGCAGAUAACUGCCCCCUCACACGCCACUGAUGUGGUGUGUGUGAUGGAGCUCAGAUGGGACGUUCUCUACAGAACCCAGACACUGAACUCGAGGCUCGAUCAGGAGAACCUCCUCCUGUACCUUCUUCAGCUGUUAAAGUGAAAGUUAAUCCCUGAUACAGUCGAGAGAUUUGUGUUUGUGUGGAAUGGAGUCUCUGUGAGGUGAGACACUACAGGGGCGUUUAUUGGCACUUAUUUAAAAUAAAUGCAUUUCUUUAUGCAAAAGAGGCUUCAUUUCAUUCAUACACACAAAAUUUGUAUCGUUAAUACAAUUCCAAAAAUCGAGUCUUUAGAUGAUAGAAAUGAAAUGUUUUGAUGUUUGUAUGAGAUUUAUUACUCCAGUUUAAGAGAGAACUUUUACAGGUUUAUAGUUUAUCAAAAAAAAAAACCCUGAAAAACUUUACGUGAACUGUGAUUUUUACCUGUAGUGAGUUUUAGAGAUUACUGAUAACACAGAAAAAUAAAGAAUGAGUGUUGUUCUAACCAGCCAGAGUGUGUUGUGAGUUCUCUGUGUUUCUCUCUCUCUCGAUGUGCAGGUGUGUUGUAUUCUCUUUGUGUGCGCAUGUUGUGUUCGGUGUGUGUGCGCACGUCUCUCUCUCUCUCUCUCGCUGCACUGCAUGCUGGGAGAUUGCUGGUGGAGGGUGUGGUGAGCGUUAGCUGAGAGCUUGCGAUUUUUCCUAACUAAACUUUUCUCUUGGUUUUUUCUUGUGAUAUUUAAUUUCUGAGUAUUUUGUAGUUAUUGGUAGUGUGGUUUAGUGUGUGUGUUUGUUUGUUGGCUGUUUGUCGGGGAUGGCGUCCUCCAGGAUGCUGCCUCUGUCCUUGAAGCAUGGAGUAAGGGCGGCACCACAACCUACGUAGGAACACAGGUGGGUUAUGGAAACAUCGUGUGCGCCUCCCGCGUGAAUAAAGCGGUGGUGGUGUUUAUGAAACAUCAGGAGCUUGUUAAUCAGUUCACAGAGAGCAAUAUAUACAUUAACAAUGAGUUUAUACAAGUUUCCCCCUGUCCGGGUCACCAUGUCAGGAGUCCCUCCGUUUAUUCCCAACGAGGCGCUGGAGCAAGAACUGAAGCGCUUGGGAAAUUUGUGAGCGGAUUCUGGAUGGUGAGUUUAGGCUGUAAGAGCGAUAAACUCAAACACAUUCGGUCUCUAUGGAGACAAGUGUUGAUGUUUCUGGACUCUCCAACUCAAACACUGGAAGUUUCCUUCCGUGUUAAAGACGAGGAAGGGUUUUACAUGGCUUAUGCGAGUUUGGGGAGCAUGAAAUGUUUUGAGUGUGGGGAUGUGGGACACAAGCGGGUCACCUGUCCUCAUAGACAGCGGGGAGCAGAGCCGCCUGCUGCCGCUGGGACUGUCAGUGAGGACAGGGGAAGGAACGGGACUGAGAGUGGGGUGACUGUGGAGA